AUGGAGGAUGGACAGAAUCCAGAUGGUCGUCAGCCUAACCCUCAAGAGGUUAUUAUUCCGCCUCCUCCUCCUGCACCACAAAGACAAGCUCCACAAGAGCAGAAUGCGGCUGUACUGAACCCACCAGCAAGGGGAGCUACUUUGAGAGAAGAAGAUGCUCACAACAGGCUAUUUUCGAAUCGGUCUGCGAUUCAACCUCCUGCUCCUGCGAGACAGGAUUAUGAGAUCAAGCAUAGCCUGAUCAAUUUGGUCCAGAAUCGUGUUUUUAAUGGAUUAGCCUCAAAGAGCCCUCUGGACCACAUUGAAGCUUUUGAGAGAUUGGCUAGUACGACAAGGUCUAAUGGAGUUCCAUAUGAUUACCUCAUGUUGACUUUGUUCCAAUUCUCUUUAGGAGAUAAGGCUUUGAGAUGGCUAAAUCUCUUGGACCGAGGAUCACUUACCACUUGGGCACAGUGUAGAGCACAGUUUCUAAACCACUUCUACACUAAGUCUCGAUCAGCUAUGUUACGGAGCAAGAUCACUACCUUCUCACAAGGUGGUACAGAGUCUUUUUGUGAAGCGUGGGAGAGAUUCAAGGAGUAUAUGAGGGACUGUCCUCAUCAUGGAUUUUCACAAGAGAAUCUUAUGAACAUCUUCUAUGGAGGAAUUGACCAGAAGUACCAGAUGGCACUCGAUACUGCCAGCAGAGGAUAUUUUUCUACUAACACUGCCGCUGAAGCAAACCUCUUGAUCGAAAAUCUUGCAGCGAGUAACAGCAAUCAUAGCCAUGAGUAUGAUCGUUUUGUGCGUGUUGUUAGCUCCGUGAAUACAUAUGAUAUUAAGAGUCUCACUACCAAGGUUGACCUUCUUUUGAAGAGAGAUCAGCAAGCUGUCAACAUGUGCGACGGGCAGACAGGUGCGUAUCAGCAAGUUGGAGUAAAUUCAGGUUUUGAGGGGACAGAGGAGCUCAACUAUGUAGGAGGACAAGGGAACUAUCAGAAUCAUGGAUUUAAUCAGAAUUAUAGAAAUCAUCCUAAUCUCUCUUACAGAAGCACCAACGUAGAGAACCCUCAGGAUCAGUUGUAUCCUCCACAUAAUCAACAAGGUAACUUCCCGCAAGGAUUUCAGAACAAAGGUGCUGGAUUUAAUAGCUCAAAUGUCCAAGGAUACCACGCUCCAUCUGCAGCUCCACAAGAUAACAAACUCGAAUUGAUGAUGCAAGCACUUCUGGAGGGCCAUAAGAAAAGUUCUGCUGAGAUUAAUGUCAAGAUUGAUAGCAUGUACAAUGAUUUGAAUGGGAAAUUUGAGAGGUUGACUUCACGUGUUGAUUCCAUUGAUAAGAGAGUAUCUGCUAUUUCUUCUAGCUCUAAGAAUAAAGAGUCAUGCAAUGCUAUCACACUCCAUGGUGGGAUCGAAGAUGGGCAGAGUUGUGCUGUGAUCAACUCAUGUUUGGCUUCCGCAGAGACAGAUCGAUCAGUUCCGAGCCUAGAUCGAUCGGUCGAUCCCGUCGUUGUUGUAGAGUCUGUCUCAGAAAAUUCCAGACUGACUGCUACUUCUGUUGAACGACCGCUCCAUGUUGCAAGAAUGGGGAUUUCCGACUCGUCUGCUCCUAAUAUGAAUACCAAGGAAUCAAGUCUUGUGGAACCAAAGCCCUAUAGGCCACAAAUUCCUUUUCCAAGAAGACAUGAGAAGAAACCUCUGGAUGAAAAGAAGUAUGGUCGGUACAAAGAAGCUAUAAGUGAGUUCAUCGCUGACAUUCCCUUUACAGAGGCAGUAAAGCAUAUCUCUUUGUUUAAGAAGAACAUUCAUGCUCCAGCUUUGAAAAGACUACCUAAGUUAGAAGAUCCAGAAAGAUUUGUUGUUCCAUGCUCCAUCCUAGGAGUAAACUUUGAGGAUUCCCUUUGUGACACUGGAUCUAGUGUGAACGUGAUGUCUAAGGCUAUUGCAGAGAGGUUGGGGAUUGAUGAUAUGAAGGCUUCUAAGGUCAGUCUCACGUUUGCAAAUACUGUCACCACGACUCCACAAGGCUUCAUUAACAAUUUAGAUGUUCGAGUUGGGAAUUGCUUGGUUGCUACAGAUUUUCAUGUUGUAGAAAUGAGUGAGGGAUCUGUUAUGCCUUUGAUUCUUGGGAGACCUUUCCUAGCAACAGUAGAAGCAGUUGUUGACUUGCCUAAUAAGAGGAUCACUUUCUCUAACAUUUAUGAUAAAUUCUUCUACAACGCAAUCACUGCAAAUGAAGCUAUACGACAUGGCUCUUGUCUAGUUGUAGAACAUGAGAAGAAGGUGGAUGUCAUGAUAAUGGGAGAGAGUGCUGAUAAGAAUGAGGUCAACGAAGUCCUGGAUGGAGACACUCAUUCAUCUAAGAAGAGUUCUAAGAAUGUUAAGAAUAGAGACAAGCCGAAGAUAGAGAGAGUAAUACCAGAUCUUCACAUAACCUUGGUACCCCAGAAAUAUGUUAGAGACACCAUUGAGUACAAGGUGAAGUGCAAAGGAAUAUCUCGGCCUUUCUCUAAAGUUAAAGCCAUCCUUACUCCAGAGUUUAAAGAAAAAGGUGAAGAAGCAAUGGAUGAUAUGCUGAAAACGAUUCUGGAGCUUAAGCUGACGAAUUGGAGAGCUUGUUCUGAUAUGAGUUCUCAUCCUCCCAUCACUUGA